GAGCUCUAAAAAUAUUAGGAUUUAAAAUUCGCGCCCUCAAAUGUCAACAAUUUCUACUGUUGACAAUGCUUCAAAUAUUUGGCACAUAACCAAUCAGUUCCACAAUUUCAGAAAAAGUCUUAGUGGUGUGCAGAAGUUGUCGAACAAUAUUUGGUGUUCGUUAGAUGCUGUUAGUGCGUUCUGUCGUCAGAAAAAUGAGUUUUGCAUUUCCUCAAGUUCCUUUGGUUGAUAUCGAUGGAAAUGGUGUUUUCAAAUACAUCCUGAUCAAGUUGAAGGUUCCUGAUGCAGGUGGAAAUGUUGAGGAAAAAUUGAUUGUAAGGGGUUAUGGAGAUUGUGCAUAUCAUGCUGAUAUUGAUGAUAAAGUGGAGGCUCAUCUCAAGGGCUUGAAAUCCAGCAAAGUGAUUGGAAAUUAUGAAGCUGAGGUGUUGGGAGGUGGCAGAAUAGAACACAAUCCUGAUACGAAGUUCAUCAAGGUCUAUGGUUAUUCACAAGGUUUUGGAAAAGCUAAUCAUGAAGAUACAGUAGAAAUUCUGAAAACUAAGUAUCCAGAGUACAACAUCACAUGGUCUAAUGGAGGAUACUGAAAUAUAAUAAGAAUGUUUUGGUUAACCAUAGCUAUUACAAUGUAUUAUUAAUGUAUGUCUCAAUAAAAUUUUCAACCAAA